CUGUAGCUCUCGCUUUCCGGCCAAUACUGAGGUGCCUGAAGGCUGGUUGGGGUGGUGAGGCCCGAGGCAGAGGACAGAAGAGACCAGUGAGUUGAAAGAACAGACAUAUUUUAGCUACUGGAAUUUCUGAUCAGCCCUGGUCAGGACAAGAUGGACCCUGUAGUUUUGAGUUACAUGGACAGUCUACUGCGGCAAUCAGAUGUCUCGCUGUUGGAUCCUCCAAGCUGGCUCAAUGACCAUAUUAUUGGAUUUGCCUUUGAGUACUUUGCCAACAGUCAGUUUCAUGACUGCUCUGACCAUGUCUGCUUCAUCAGUCCCGAAGUUACCCAGUUCAUCAAGUGCACUAGCAACCAAGCAGAGAUUGCCAUGUUCCUUGAACCCCUAGACCUCCCCAACAAGAGAGUUGUAUUUUUAGCCAUCAAUGAUAAUUCCAAUGAGGCAGCUGGGGGAACCCAUUGGAGUUUAUUGGUUUAUGUCCAAGAUAAAAAUAGCUUUCUUCAUUAUGAUUCCCAUAGCAGAAGCAACUCAGUCCAUGCAAAGCAGGUAGCAGAGAAACUGGAGGCUUUCUUAGGCAGAAAAGGAGUCAAACUAGCCUUUGUGGAAGAGAGAGCCCCUGCUCAACAAAACAGCUAUGACUGUGGGAUGUAUGUGAUAUGUAACACUGAGGCCUUGUGUCAGAACUUCUUUAGACAACAGCCAGAAUCACUACUGCAGCUACUCACUCCUACAUACAUCACAAAGAAAAGGGGGGAAUGGAAAGACCUCAUUGCCAGACUUGCGAAAAAUUAGCUAUCAAAGAAUAUUUGCGGCUGUUGAAGUCUCCUCUUUCUGCCCAUCCCCAUCUAUUGGAUGGCUGUAAUCUCAGUGCCUGAAGGAAGAUGCCUGGUAUCUUAUUUUUCCCUGGAAGAAUGUCAUCUUCUGCAUUAUCCACAUGGAAAGUUUCACUUUAACCCUAACUUGAGAGCAAUAUGCUCUGUGAAAAUGUCUUGAAGUUAUGCAUCAAAACCUUAAAACCACGCUGUCUGAACAUUUAUUAUUUCCCUUUUUGUCUCCCUUAUUCCUAUUGGCUUAUUCAAAGGAAAAGCAGUGAUCUUUAAAGAAACCAAGUGUAUGUCAUAUCCAGAAGAAUGCAAGAAGAACAUUAUAGAAGAAUCAAAAACUUAUUGCACAGCCCUGCAUAUUUAAAGAGAUCAACUGGCUAGAAGCAGGUCAAGAUCUAACCUAAUUCAAGAUCCAAAUAUUCUAAGAAUCAGUUAUUCAGUUCUGUGAUACCUCUUCCAUUCUCCGUGCAGAGGCUUUCCCAGCUAUCUUUGUAACCUUUGCAGAUAUUUGAUAAAGAUGAUGUUAGCCCAUCUUCCCCCACUCUAUUCCUGGAAUGUUUUAAGAAAGGGGGAAUCUUUAACUUCAUUAAAAUAAAUGGCUGUUGGACCUUUUAGUUUGCUCAGUGAAUGGGUUGACUUGCUACUCUGCAUUGAUAACAGCUUUUCUUCACCUUGUCUGUUAGCCAUGCAACACUCCUUCCUUUUAUAUCCAAAGUUCUGUGGUUUUAAAACUCAUAGCCAAUAACUUCCCAAGGUUGCCUGUUAUUUCUAAUAAAUAUUGCUGCUUUCUAAUAGUCAUAGUUUUUCCUUUCCUCUUUAUCCAUAAUCUGGCAGAAUUGUUUUCAACCAUGGUGAUUUCAGGACUAUUAUCAUAUCUGAAACUUGCAAACUGAAAGUUGGCUUGUUUUUUACAGUUAUAAGGCAGAUAAAGUGAGCUUUCUCAACCCUUUCACUUAAUUCAAAAUGCAAACGAUGUAAUUUUUUAAAUAUGGAACCAAGAAUAAAAAGAAAUGCUAUCCCUCCUAAA